GCUUGGCACAGUGGUUGCAAUUGUGAGGGUGUUGCAGGACGGAGCAGUGUGUUGUCCUGUUGUCCACCGGGUCACUGUGAAUCAGAACCGAGUCAACAGCACUCAUCAGCAAGUAUUAGUGAGUGAAACACUAUGAUGUUUGUGACCUGAGAUUUACCUCAAGAAUCACAAGGGGUAAAAAAGGAAAGGAGAGAGAUGAAACAAGGGGUGCCAAAUCUUGUCAAUUUUGAAGCAAGGGAUUGGUGACAUUCUGGGAUGUGACCAUAGAGUUUUCUCAGGAAGAAUGGAAAUACCUGGAACCUGCCCAGAAGGACUUGUACAGGGAUGUGACUUUGGAGAACUUCCGUAACUUAGCUUCACUGGGAAUUUCCAUUUCGAAGCCUGAUGUCAUCUCUUUUUUGGAGCACGAGAAAGAGCCCUGGAUGCUGGCAAGAGAAAUGACAAAGCAGUGGUGUCCAGACCUGGUUUCCAGACAGGAGAAAUUACAACAAAAAAACAUUGUAGAAAUAGAAUCUCUCAACUGGGAGAUAACAGAAAGCCUUCAAUGCUGUGAUCUUGAGGAGCCUAGUUUUACAGAAGGCUGGGAAAGCAGAGGCCAGUUUGAGAGACAACAAGAAAAUCAACACUGCUAUUUCAAGCAAAUGAGAAUUACCUAUGAAAGCUUGCCCACUUUUGAGAAUCAUGCAUCCUUCACACUACAUCAUGGAAAGGAGACUGGAAAGAAACUGAUUGAAUGUAAGGAAUGUGGGAAAGAAUUUAGUCGAGGUGGACACCUUAUUCAACAUCAAAGAACUCAUACGGGUGAAAAACCCUUUCAAUGUAAGGUCUGUGGAAAGACCUUUCGUCGUGCCUCACACCUUGUGCAGCAUCAGAGAAUUCAUACAUGUGAGAAACCAUAUGACUGUGAAGAAUGUGGGAAGGCCUUUGGUCGUACUGCUGAACUUCUUCUACAUCAAAGACUUCACACUGGUGUCAAACCCUUCGAAUGUAAAGACUGUAGAAAGACCUUUAGACAGCAUUCACAACUUAUUCUACAUCAAAGAACUCACACAGGUGAGAAACCUCAUGUAUGUAAAGACUGUGGGAAGGCCUUUAUUCGUGGCUCACAACUUACUGUACACCGGAGAAUUCAUACAGGUGCUAGGCCUUAUCAGUGUAAAGAAUGUGGGAAAGCCUUUAGACAACAUUCACAGCUGACUGUACACUAUAGGAUUCAUACUGGUGAGAAACCCUAUGAAUGUAAAGAAUGUGGGAAGGGCUUUAUUCAUAGUUCAGAAGUUACUAGACAUCAAAGAAUUCAUUCUGGGGAGAAGCCCUAUGAAUGUAAGGAAUGUGGGAAGGCCUUUAGACAGCAUGCACAGCUUACUCGCCAUCAAAGGGUUCACACUGGUGAUAGACCUUAUGAAUGUAAAGAAUGUGGAAAGGCCUUUAGUCGUAGUUCAUACCUUACUCAGCAUCAAAGAAUUCACACAGGUGACAAGCCUUAUGAAUGUAAAGAAUGUGGGAAAGCCUUUAUUCGUGUGUCCCAGCUGACUCAGCAUCAGCGAAUUCAUACUUACGAGAAACCCUAUGAGUGUAGCGAAUGUGGGAUGGCCUUUAUCCGUAGUUCACAGCUCACUGAACACCAGAGGAUUCACCCUGGUAUCAAACCAUAUGAAUGUAGAGAAUGUGGGCAGGCCUUUGUUCUCGGCUCACAACUCAUUGAACAUUAUAGAACUCAUACAGGGUAAAAAGCCUUGAAUGUCAAGAAGUGCAUACCUGGUUUCAUAUGAGAUCAUUUGAAUGAGAGCAAAUGAAUGUUAAAAGCCUUCAUUUGCCACUUUCUUUUGAGACAUCAAAGAGCUUACACCAGAAGAAACUAAUAAAUUUGGGCUUCUUUUUGCCUCACACGACUGCUUACUAAGCACCAGAGAACUUAUGGUGAAAAUGCUAUAUGAAUGUAGAAAACUCUUCUGUUGCCACUCAAAAUGUGUUAAAUUUCCAAAAAUUCCUAGUAGAGAAUAACCAUUUAAAAACAUUUAAUGAAUUUAUCUUUAAGCAUAGCAUAUACCUUAUCUAACAUUGCCUCAGUUCCAUCAAAUACUGACCCAAUGGAUUUGAACAAACUACACAGUCUCUCUGUCCCUCAAAUGAUUUCAAUGGUUAUGAUUAUACUUAUCUAAUAGAGAGUUUUUAUGAGGACUGAAUUAAAUAUUUUGUAUAAAGCCUAGGGAUCUACAUUUGCUCAAUAAGCAUUAGCUAUACUUGGCAUGAGUUGUUGUUGUUUUUUUAUCAGCAUUGACUGUUGAGGAGUUCAUAUAAAAAUCAGACUUUUAAAAAAAAGAAGAAAAUCAGACUUUAUGAAUAUAUGAAUAUCAAAAAGCCUUCUAACUACUUGUUAUGAUAAUUCAUUCUGAGAAAGCAUAAUUAUUUUGAAAAGGCCUUCAUUUGAAAGGUUAUAAAUUCAGAAGAUUAGAAAUUAGCAGACGAGUAGCCAAAAAUAAUCCUCAUAACUUGAUCAACAGACAACAUCAUGCUCAACAGAGAAACCAUUGAGGUUGUCAGGGAUUUCAUUUUGCUGGGACCCAUCGUCAGUGCUCAUGGAAUCAGCAGCCUUGAAAUCAGUGUUGUGCGUUGGGAAAAUAUCCUGCACAGGACUUCUUUAAAGUGUUGAACAGCAACACUUUCAGGGCUAAGAUGCACCGGACCCCAGUCUUGGUAUUUUCAGUUACCUCGUCUUAUGUAAAAAUUGGACAUUGAAUAAGAAAGACCAGAGAACAAUCGAUAUGGACAGUGCAUGAUCUGUCCGAGGAGCAAACAGAUCUGCCUUGAAAGAAGUAUGGGCAGAGUGCUGCUGCGAAGCAGGGAUAGCAGCACUCUGUCUCCUGUGCUUUGGAGAUGUUAUCAGGAGAGACCGGUCCCUGGAGAAGAAUAUCAUGCUUGGUAAAGCAGAAGGUCGGCAGAAAAGAAGACGACCCUCAAGGACAUAGAUUGACAUGGUGACUGCAACAGUGAGCUCAAACAUCGCAACACUUGGAGCAUGGCACCGGCGAAGGGAAGAGUCACUCUACUCUACAUCGAGUCAGUGUUCAUUGAAGCCAACUUGAUGGCGCCUCACAGCAGCCAAGAGAAAAUUCCCAUUUUGGAAAUCUAAAAUUGGAAACUAGAGAUUUCGAAUAGUGAAUUCUAUGCCUCAACACCAGUAUAGGGUGACAAAGCUAUAUUUUUGUCAGAACCCAAGGACUGGAAGUAGGAAGUUGGUUCACCAAGUGUAUGUCUUCAGCUCCGAGUCAUCGCCAGUCACACGCUAAGCAUGUUGAACGCAUGAUUAGAUAGAAGUUACAACUUAAACCAAAGUCAGUCGAUGGAAGAUGUACCAAAGCAAGAAAGAUAUUAAAAAAUGGAAGAUAAAAUUAAUAAAAUAGAAAAUCAAAUGGUA